CCUAAUGCAUCAAUUAUGAAUUGGUAUAACUACCAAGUGGGUUACCUUAAAGUGUUCGAGUUCUUGAAGACUAAACCCGUGGUGAAGGACUUCUUGCGUCACAUUGGCACGUCGUCCAUCUCAGACUUGAUUCUCACCUUAGUCACUUGCGGGGAUGACACCACCGUUCGACCCAUGCUCCUCAAUUGGUUGGACGAGAGUCGAUUGGUGCAGUCCAUCAUUGAGCUUCUCCAUCCAAAGUUUUCGCGCGAUACCCACGAUAAUGCCUCUCAGCUCCUGAUCGCCAUUUUUCCCAUGGCUCGCGAGGAAGAGUAUCAAACGGUCACGGAGAAAGUCGAAGACCCCUUGUUACAGACAUUGGAAGAUCCAGCCACUGUGGACCUUCUACUCGAGGUCAUGUUCACGCCCCACCCGGAAACGGAAGCCUAUUGUGAGAGUUCUAUCAUCAACGGAAUCACCAUUCUUCUGUCGCUCUUGAAGGCCCGAAAUUCAAAGUCGACCGAGUCCACCACGGCUUUAGGUUUUUCUGCGGCGACGUAUCAUGCGGGUACGGCUGUGCCGGAUAGUGAAGUUACGACGCCGGAAGAAGCGGCCAGACAAAAGCACAUCUUGGUCGCAACCAUCAACUCCAUCCUGCCCAAGUUACCUGACUUUACGGAUCUGCUUGUCAAUCCACCGCCCAAAAACGCCAUGAACACCACGGCAGGACCUCUGGACCCGCCGUUGGGCGCCACUCGUCUAAGUGUUGCCAAACUGGUUAGUGCCCUGAUUGCGACCAAUUACAAGGACGUUCAUUUGAAAUUGAUCGAGUGCAAAACGGUUGAUAUCCUUCUGGAUCUGUUCUUUAAAUACUCCCUCAACAAUUUCCUGCAUGCACACGUGGAGCAAUGCAUCAAAAAAGUGUUCAGCUUCAAGCCUAUUUCCAUUCAAAAACACACCGACGAAAACAAGACUGUCGGCCAACCCAAAACCGACAAGAGUCCCACUCGGGAAACGCCUGACAAAUCCAAAACCGAGGAGAAGAUCGAGACAAAACAAGAAGACACUCCUCCGGAUACGGGUCCCGAAACGACACCCGAAGAAGAAGAUGCGAAAGAUCCUGCCGCCCCCAAGAUGGAAGAGACUGAAGACACCAUGGACACUACGGUUCCAUUAGAAGAUGGGCCUCUGGAUUCGUCGGGCGAGUCUGAAUCCCCGGCCAAGCCCUACGAGAACCCUCUCCUUGAUCAUUUAAUUGCUCAAUGCCAUUUGGUGGAGAAGAUCCUGAAAGGGUUCGAAAUGAACGCGGAGGACGAAGCCAGGAGAAAACAAGCCUAUAUGGGUCAUCUGCUCACAAUUGCCAACUCUUUGGUUGAACUUCUGGACAAGAGUGAAUGUAGCGAAUUCAUCCGGAAUGUGAUGAAUUCUUGCGAAGCUACCUCGAGCAAUUGGGACUCUUUCGUGAAGGAGAAAUUGGUGGAAUUCAACGAGAAGAACAAGAUUGUCCAUCGCUACAACUACAGCAACUCCAUGAACAGCUUGGACGAGGACGGGUUCAAGGACAUGCAAUUUGCCCAAGAUAACGCUCAACAAGCAAAUUUUUCAAACUAUCAGAUGCAAGAGAUGUCCGAACAUUUUUUCGACUCUUUCGGAAUCAAUAACGAAGAGUUUAAUAACGACUCAGAUCCAAGUGCCUUGGCUAACGCUAAGAAUAUCUCCAAUAUCAGUUUUGGUUUGGAUGAUGACACUGGAGACGACAGUGCCAAAGAAAUGUUUGAUGCCGUCUGUAAUCAGAGAGUUGGAAAACUUCCACCAAUGUCUGGAGAUGACAUUGAUGAUUCAGAAGAUAUGUGGGAAAACAAGACGCGCGAGAUAAAUUUUGCCACAAACAUUGAACCCAUCCCGAAACAAAGUGUGACGCAAAUCAAUUCCUCUGAUGAUGAGGAUCGUGAUGAUGACGACGAUGAGGAUGAAGACAAUGUUAGAAGCAACUCAACCAAGUCUUCCUCUGAAAAGAAAAUGGAUGUAGACAAUGCUUGGCCUACUCCUGAUGAGGUGGAAGAUAUACCUCCUGCCAUGACUGGUGCGACCAUGGACACGGGCAAUCCGUGGGACUCGGCCACCGACCCCAAGUCACCCUUGAAACCCUCGCCCGUGGCCACACCCGUGACCGAAACGGGUUGGGCGGAUUUUGAUAACAACCCAGCAGCCUCCACCGUAGACUCAAAUACAGGUUCUGCUUCUCCCACAAAGGAUGAAACCUCAUGAUGGGAAAAGACCUGCCACUUGAAUUUGCGUUUGAUCUGGAUUAUAUAUAUAAUGAAUUGAUUGGCUUUGGAGUGUGUUCCAAGGCCAAGGGUGGUCCUAAGAUGAUUUUUUAUCCGUUCUACGGGGACUGGAGUCUUCAUUGGCAACAUUUUAGUACGACUCUACAACAAAAAGCUUGCUUCUCUGUGAUAGUCCAUUUGUGGUAGUACCAAAAAGCGCACGUAAAGAAGAUAUUUAAGUACGGAAAUAUCUAUGAUCUCCCACCCAUAUCGAUUGAUAAACGUUUGACCAUUU